AGGAAAAAAGAAAAAGAAAAAGAAAACGAAAAGAUAAAGACUUCUUCCUCUGUCUCCCCUUUCUCUGUGUAAAUCUGUAAAAAAGAGAAAAUAAAAACAGGGGGACAUUUUUAAAAACACUCUGCUUCACUUCCUCUUCCCGCUCGAAAAACACAACAAUGCCCAAAUCUUAUCCUUUUCUCCUUCCCUGCUUCACUCUGUGUCUUUCUUUCCUUCUUUCUCACUCCUCUCCGCCUCCUAACGACACCGAUGCUCUCACCCUCUUCCGCCUCCGCACCGAUACCCACGGCAACCUUCUCGCCAAUUGGACUGGUGCCGACGCUUGCGCCCGGUGGCGUGGGGUUAGGUGCUCCAAGAAGGGUCGAGUGAUAGCCCUUUCACUCCCUUCCUCCUCCCUUCGUGGACCCAUUACCUCGCUCUCCCUCCUCGACCAGCUCCGCAUCCUUGACCUCCAUGACAACCGCCUCAAUGGUACGGUGGAGUCGCUCACCAACUGCACUAACCUGAAGCUCGUUUAUUUGUCAGGUAACGACUUCUCCGGCGAGAUUCCGCCUCAAAUUUCACUGUUAAAGCGGCUCCUCCGCUUGGAUUUAUCCGAUAACAACAUCCGUGGCUCCAUUCCGAAGGAAAUUUCUGGAUUGGGCCGGCUCAUGACCCUGCGGUUACAGAACAACGAACUGACUGGUCAAAUCCCGGAUUUUUCGGCUUCUCUUAGAACUCUGAAGGAGGUUAAUUUGACUAACAAUGAGUUUUAUGGGCGAUUACCUGAUGGGUUGUUGAAGAGAUUCGGAGAUCGGAGCUUUCUGGGUAACGAAGGGCUAUGUGGGUCAAGUCCGUUGCCGGUCUGCUCCUUCACCGGGACUCCGCCGGUGGCCUCGUCGGAGACCGUGCCGUCGAACCCCAGCUCGAUGCCUCAGACACCGAUCGUCGGUCAAGAUAAGGACAAGGCCCGGAAAGGGUUAGGCCCCGGAGCUAUAGUGGCAAUUGUAGUGGCGAAUUGCGUGGCAUUGUUGGUCGUGAUGUCCUUCGUCGUCGCUUACUACUGUGGAAAAGACCGGAGAGAGGAUUCUAGAGUGGGGAGUGAGAGUGGGAAGAGGAGGAAGAGCGGGAGCAGUUACGGUAGCGAGAAGAAGGUCUACGCCAGUGGCGGUGCUGAUAGCGAUGGGACUACUGCCACGGACCGGAGUAGGCUUGUGUUUUUUGAAAGAAGGAAAUUUGAGUUGGAAGAUUUGUUGCGGGCAUCAGCGGAAAUGCUGGGGAAAGGAAGCUUGGGGACAGUGUAUAAGGCGGUGCUCGACGAUGGUAGCACGGUGGCUGUGAAGAGGCUCAAGGACGCGAACCCAUGUCCGAGAAAGGAGUUUGAACAGUACAUGGAUAUAAUCGGAAAGAUCAAACAUCCGAACAUUGUGAAACUCAGAGCUUAUUAUUAUGCAAAAGAAGAAAAACUUCUUGUCUAUGAUUAUCUUGCAAAUGGAAGUUUGCAUUAUCUUCUCCAUGGGAACAGAGGUCCGGGGAGGAUUCCGUUGGAUUGGACGACGAGGAUCAGCUUGGUGUUGGGGGCGGCUCGAGGGUUGGCUAAGAUUCACGAGGAGUACAGUGCCCCGAAAAUUCCCCAUGGAAAUGUGAAAUCUUCGAAUGUUCUUCUUGACAAAAAUGGGGUUGCUUUGAUUUCUGAUUUCGGGUUGUCUCUGCUUCUGAACCCUGUUCAUGCCAUAGCAAGAUUGGGUGGAUACAGAGCUCCUGAGCAGGCUGAGGUGAAGAGGCUCUCUCAGCCCGCUGAUGUUUACAGCUUUGGAGUCCUGUUGUUGGAAGUGCUUACAGGGAGAGCUCCAUCGCAGUAUCCUUCACCGACAAGGGCUCGGAUGGAGGAAGAGGAGCAGACGGUGGAUCUUCCAAAAUGGGUGCGAUCGGUGGUGAAGGAAGAGUGGACGGCAGAAGUGUUCGAUCAAGAGCUUCUAAGGUACAAGAACAUUGAGGAUGAGCUUGUGGCAAUGCUCCAUGUGGGGUUGGCAUGUGUGGUGCCGCAGCCAGAGAAGAGGCCUACAAUGGCAGAAGUAGCCAAGAUGAUUGAAGAUAUCAGGGUGGAGCAGUCUCCAUUAGGGGAGGAAUAUGAUGAAUCCCGUAAUUCGCUUUCGCCUUCUCUCGCUACCACUGAAGAUGGACUGCCGUGAUACUGAUCUUUCAUUGCCAAUGGUAGAUUUGCUCAUUCUAGCAGUAUCAUCCCUCCAUUUCUCUUGCGAGCUCUUCCUUGGAUCCUCUGCUUGUCCUGUGUUCCUCUGUAGUAUGUGUAAGCCUUCAUGAUUUUCAUUGUCGUAGUUGAGAUCUCAGUCUCAUGAUCUUCCCAUCUUUGUGAUUGCUUUAUUUAGAUUAC